AUGCGGGUUCAAUGGAAUCGGCUCGUUCAGCUGUGGGAAUCGGCGCAAGUGGAGCUGCAUGGGAAAUACUCGACCGAGCGCGUGCUGCAACUCGCCAAAUACACGCGUGAAACCAGCUACCUCCACGCCUUCAUCGUUUUAGUAGUGACUCCGUUGCCCUGUUUGGUCGUGACUGUGCUGGUUGACGUUAUACCGCUUGCUGAUCCGUCCAAAGGAGUCGCAGCCAACACGUUGUUCUUCGUGCGAGACCAGCUCAUCACGUACGUACUGACGUUCAUCUGCAUUAACCAGUUUCGCGUAAGCCUCCCAGUCCUCCCGUACCCCAUUUACAAGGCGUUCUGGCACUCGGUGUGGAUUUCUGGGCUUAGUAUGGGGGCUUUGUACACUUUAUCCUCCACUAUUGGCUUUCCUUUUCCAUUCUCGUUGAUGGUUGUGACCCCGACUUGGGUCACUUUAAUCUCGAUAUCGAUGGCAUACGAAUGGCUGAAGAAAAUACGGGAAACUCCGGGGGCUCCAGCUAUGGUAGGCAACGUGAUCAAGGUCUGGAUGUGCCAAGUAAUACUGGAGUUCAUCUACCCGCCGUACUACUACAUCUUCAGUACUUUACCCGACAGGGCUCAGACAGUGUUUGCUAUACUUCUGCCGGUAAUUAAGUUGACAAUGAGGAACGUUUUCGCUCGAACUGUGGUCCAUCUGAGCGACGAAAUGCCCGAAGUAAUUUUGUUUAAUGUGGAGCUCUUCAACGCGCUGUUUGUGUCGUACUGCAUGCAGAAUUCGCCGUCUAUUUGGACGACUCUGGAGCUGAUGCUCAUUGACAUCGGGAUGAUUAUUUUUUCGUUGCGGGACAUGGAGAAGGCUCGAGUUGGCUUGAAGGACUUGGAGCGACGUAUUGAGGAAGAUAAACGCUGGAAUGAUUAUUGUAAGUCCAUCGGCUACAGCACAGAAAACCGAGCGGUAACUACGUUAGAGCGGACGAGAAUACUAUUGGAACAACAACACAAACCGGACGCGAAGGUGACAUCAAAAGAGAAGACAACCACAGCAUUGUCCAAGCCGAAGUCCUCGAGCUCUCGAUACAGCGCAGUGGUCGUUCCGACCAGUGAAGCGGUCGAAAACGUUAUGAAGAAAGUGUCGGUGAAGGUGAGAUACACGCACAAGGUCCAGCAACUGCUGUACAUGGCCGAAUUCCUACUGCUUCUCAACUACGUGGAGAUAGUCAUCCCUCUCGUCUUUUCGAUUUACUUGGGCGUCAUGUACGAGCUGCCAAACCGUCGCUACUACGCUCAGCUCGAGGGCAUGAACCAGGACCAACUCUUCCUGACGCUCAAGAACGUGCUGUUUUACUGCUCGCUCCAGUUUAUCUCACUGGUAUUGCUAAUUCUCACGCUACGACGCAAGUUGGGUCUAUCACCUACUCGGCAACUGGCUUUUGUCCUGGAGAAGCAGUUCACCGGCAUUCAGAUUAAGCUCGUCUUCUGGGUGUUUUACAACGUCCAGGCAUCGCUCAAACACGCAGGUUUCGAUUACACGUUCGAGUUUGCGUGGCUGAAUCAAGACACCAAAUAG